AUGGGGAAACUACUAUGCGAUUCGACUACGGUUGCCGAGACAUUUCAAAGCUCCUCGCCGACGGUUCCCUGGAGGGACCCACCCAAGGCGUCGCCACUGGACGAGGACGCAAUCUCGGCCGUAGAUCUCGUUGACCAGUCAACGGCCGACGUCGCAUGGGACAGCGUGGUGGGCCUCGAGGAGCAGCAGAGACGGCACCUCCAGAGGCUGCACACGAAGGGCGUGCUGUGGAAGCACCCAGAGGAUCAAGACUCGUCCGAGUCCGACUCGGACUCGUUAAUGCCACAGAAGUCGAUGGUCUUCAGACUGUCGCACGGGGGCGAGGUGUCGUCGGACGGGAAUUGCCUGUUCACGGCGUCCCAGAAGGCGAUGAGGGCGGCGCGUGAGGUGGACGCGCGGGAGUUGAGGAGGCGGACUGUCCGGAGGUUCACGGAGGACUACGGAUCUGCGGCCGGGGAGGAGAAGCGCGUGAUAGACGACGCGAUUCGGCAUAUGUACGCACCUGAUCUGAGGGCUGGGUGGGGGAUACAUGUGAUUCAGGAGGUCAAGUUGUUGGCCAAGAAAGACGAGCGCGUGAGUCUUGAUUCUGCCAUCGAUGAGCUUCUUCAGCUCGGCAUGCAGAGAGAGCUGGCAGCAGAGUCUAUUUACAAAGAAAGAUGUAUCCCAGUGAAUGAUGGAGCAAGUUGGGCCAAAUACAUGUCGACCUCUGGUUCUACCCAUGAUGAAUAUGAUAUCAUCACAUUGCAGUACACAGAGGAAGGUUUAUUAUCCAUUGAUGAAAACAGAGGUGGUCAUGCCGCUGCUUUUGGAGAUGAUAUCGCAAUAGAGUGUCUUGCCACAGAGUUUAAGCGAGAGAUAUAUGUGGUUCAAGCACAUGGAUCGGAUGCAAUGGUUGAUGAAGAAAAUUGUGUUUUCUUCCUUCCACACCGACCCAGGAGUCAAAUUUGUGAACCUCCUUUCUUUCUUUUCAUGAAAGGAACAGGUUGGUGUGGUGCCGGAGCUGAUCACUAUGAACCCCUCAUUGCCCAUCCUCUGUCAUUAAUUUCCCAGGAGAAGGUUGCUGUGGUACUCUGA